AUGCUUCUAGUUUGUCUGCUUGGCGUGGUUGUUGGUGUUAUGUCGGCGGGGGCGCUGGCUCAGAGUUAUGUAGACGGUGACGACAACCAGGCCACGGUCACGGCCACGUCCGCCCCAGCCGAACCAAGCAACUCACCAUCGACAUCGACUCAAGUGGGACCCAAGACGAUCUUGAUAGCGGCCGGGGCGGAAAACAAUGUGUUCACCCCCAAUUCGACAACGGCAUCCGUCGGGGAUACAAUCAAACUCCUCUCAGCAUUUCGCGCCGGGCGAGCCCUUCCCCUCGGAAAGAACAUCCAAAUCAGUCUCGACCUGAACUCCUACAACAACUUCAACCCCACCGGCCGUCGUCGGGUCUACUGUAACGCCACAAGUAACAAGCCAAAGCCAGGGCGCAGGCUCAGGGGGAGGGUCCUCGGGCCUCAGCCAGGGAGCCAUCGCCGGGAUCGCCGUAGCUACAGCAGCCAUCGCGCUGCUGGGAGCUUGUCUAAUACACCUGUUCGGCCGGAGAGGGGGCGUCUAACACAAGACCGCGGAGCACCAGUCGGUGGCCCCGUGCGCGAAGUCAACAACUACGGCAACGGCGGCCCUCCUCUAGAGAGCCCCGGCUUGGCGUCGCUGUCGACAUUCUCUAGCUGCGCGUCCUUUGGGCCGGCGCCCCCCCAGUACGGUCCUUCGGUCCCGUCGCCACCGCCGCCGCUCAUGAGCCUCGGCUCGCAGUACCGCUUUAGUGACUACUAG